UUCCAUCCUUAUCCUGCUGACUUAAACGCACGCGCGCACAGACAACACGCGCAUCAGCACUCAGCUUGUUGGUGCGGUCCGACCAUCAGGAGGAACACGGGUUGACGUGUUUUCACGUCCGCACUUCCUCAACACACGGGAUGACGUUCAGGGCUUCUCUGUACUUCGGGAAGUCUCCAGUUCGCCGACCCACCUUCAUCAUGGAGACAGUGGGAACUGUCGGUCUCGGAUCCACAAGUUAAUCUGUCGUUCAGGAGAUCCCGCAUCAUAGGUGGUGAAUUCUGACCAUCUCGUUUCUGGGAGAAACUGGACAUCAAGUUAUUUCGACGGCUUGUUCGACGAAGUUUUCCAAAAGAUGCUGGCUGGGUUGCAGAGGAAGGUCGGACAGGGUCACUAGGCCACAGUCGCCCUUCAGCCAACCAUGGAACGAGAGGGAUCCUUUAGGAGGAGCCUACAGAGCCGUCUGAGGCAGGGCAGCAGCUCCUCCAGCCUGACCGACCUGUCCCAGGGGGGAGGGGGAGGAGUGGGGGAGAAGGGGGGAGGAGCGCCAGACGACAAGGGGACCCAGCAGAGGAGGGCAGGCGCCAACGCCACCUGGAACAGCAUCCACAAUGCAGUGAUCGCCGUGUUCCAGAAGAAGGAGCUGGGAGAAAACGAGCUCUACACUCUGAAUGAAGGAGUCAGGCAGCUGCUGAAGACAGAACUGGGCUCGUUCUUCACUGAGUACCUUCAGAACCAGCUGAUGACCAAAGGCAUGGUCAUCCUUCGAGACAAGAUCCGCUUCUAUGAAGGUCAGAAGCUCCUGGACUCUCUGGCUGAGACCUGGGACUUCUUCUUCUGCGACGUCCUGUCGAUGCUGCAGGCCAUCUUCUACCCAGUGCAGGGUAAGGAGCCCUCCGUGCGGCAGCUGGCUCUGAUCCACUUCAGGAACGUCAUCACGCUGAACCUGAAGCUGGACGAGGCGCUGGGCCGGCCGCGCGCCCGCGUGCCCCCCUCCAUCACCCAGAUGCUGCUCAUACUGCAGGGGGUCCAUGAGGCCGGGGGUGUGACAGACUCCUACCUGGGUCUGGAGGCUCUGAUCCAGAAGGCCGUCUCUCCCUACCUGGGGACGCACGGCCUGUUCUCUGCCGACCAGGGCACCGCGCAGCAGGACUCCUGCUGCAUUCUGGAUAAGCACAUAAGGCGUCGUCUGCCCGGGGGUCCCCCCGGGGCCAAGAGCCUGGUGGUCCGCUCCCAGAGCUACAACGUGCCGCUGCUGCCCCCCGUGGUGGAGCAGGACGUGGACCCCCCCGCCGGCCCCCCCGCCGUCCGCCGCCACUCCGUCUGCCAGAUGACUUCCUGCUUGGAGGAAUGCAGCGCCCCGCCCGAACCCACGGGCAACGCCACUAGCAGUAGAACCAGCAACCAAACCAGCAAGUGUGCCUCAUCCAACCAGCUGCCUGCCCCAGAGCACGGACGGCCAGGUUCCCUGUCAUUGGUCGGGAGCUUGGGGAGGCAGAGCUCCGAAGCAACCCGCGGGGACGACCUGCCCUCUGACCUCCAGGGCCCCGCCCCCUCACCCUGCCUCCUCCCCUCCCCCUCCCCCUGCCACACAGGCUCCUCCCUGGGCUCCCCCUCCUCCUCCUUCUCCUCCUCCUCCUGCUGCAGGGUGCGACUCCCCCCCACCCCCCCCCCCUCGGCUCGGAGACGGAGGUGGGCGGGAUCUUCCUGGACUUCUCCAACCGCCGACGCUCCACCUACAGCAACGACAGCGGCAGCCAGGGUGUGGUGUGACACACACACACACACACACACGCACACGCACACACGCACACGCACACGCAUACACACACGCACACGCACACACGAGCUCAGGAUUCUUUGGAGGGAUGGGGCAAAUAAUUUUCUCCGCUAUAAUGUGACGUUAUUAACAUAGUUUCAUUUUGUGGUCUCCACCACUAGAGGGCAGCAGGCUUCCUUCCUGUCUGUCGGCUUCAUGUCGACAGACAGGAAGAUUGGUGCCAGAGACUAAACCAGGUCUAUAAUGUACUAUAGUCUAUUCUACUGUUAUAUAAUAUAUAAUGGUAAAACAGGUCUAUAAUGUACUAUAGUCUAUUCUACUGAUAUAAUAUAUAAUGGUAAACCAGGUCUAUAAGGUACUAUAGUCUAUUCUACUGAUAUAAUGGUAAACCAGGUCUAUAAUGUAUUAUAGUCUAUUCUACUGUUAUGUAAUAUAUAAUGGUAAACCAGGUCUAUAAUAUACUACUCUAUUCUACUGUAAUAUAAUAUAUAAUGGUAAACCAGGUCUAUAAUGUACUAUGGUCUAUUCUAUUGUAAUAUAAUAUAUAAUCGUAAACCAGGUCGAUAAUGUACGAUAGUUUAUUGUACUUUUAUAUAAUGGUAAACAAGGUCUAUAAUAUACUAGUCUAUUCUACUGUAAUAUAAUAUAUAAUUUACUAUAGUCUAUUCUACUGUAAUUUAAUAUAUAAUGUACUAAAGUCUAUUGUACUGUUAUAUAAUAUAUAAUGGUAUCAAGAUGUUUUCAUAGGACGAUUUAUAUCCCGCUGAUGGGCACAGUAAGGAAAACAGAAUAUUAUGGGAUGUAUUUGCACUAUUAUUUAGCAAGGUGAAUCAUUGUCCGUCAUGAAGCAUUAAUCUUGGUGGGGGUCUUUAUAUUAACAUGUCAGUCUUUAUAUAUGAUAUAUAUGGGAGAAGGGGGAGAAUUAACACGUUUUUUGUCCCUAUUUUUGGCUUCAAGGGAUGGUUAUAAAAGCAAAGGGACAAAUGGCCUAUUAUAUCUUUGCCAUGCUCAGAAUUUUGUAAUAUAUAUUUAUAGAUUUAUGGAACAUAUUUUUUUUAUUCAAAAAUGGAAAUAAAGAAUUAGAUUGAAAGACCUGUUUAAAGUGUUUUAUAUUGCCAGUGAAAACGGAUAGAAAAGGCCUUGCACUAACCCUGUACCAACGUGACCUAAACUAACUCUGUUAACGUUACUUAUUUAACACCAGACAGAAGUCUGCAGACACUGCCGCCCUUUGGACACAUUACAACAUGACCAUGGGCAAAUCAUUUAAUAUUAAUUAUAAAAGUACAUCCUCAUCGUCAUCGUCAUCGUCAUCCGCUUAUCCGGGGUCGGGUCGCGGGGGGAGCAGCUCAAGUAGGGGGCCCCAGACUUCCCUUUCCCGGGCCACAUUGACCAGCUCUGACGGGGGGAUCCCGAGGCGUUCCCAGGCCAGUGUUGAGAUAUAAUCUCUCCACCUAGUCCUGGGUCUUCCCCGAGGUCUCCUCCCCACUGGACGUGCCUGAAACACCUCCAAAGGGAGGCGCCCAGUGGGCAUCCUUGCCAGAUGCCCGAACCACCUCAGCUGACUCCUUUCUAAGUAAAGGAGCAGCGGCUCUAAUCCGAGUUCCUCACGGAUGGCUGAGCUUCUCACCCUAUCCCUAAGGGAGACGCCAGCCACCCUUCUGAGAAAACUCAUCUCGGCCGCUUGUACCCGCGAUCUCGUCCUUUCGGUCAUCACCCAACCCUCAUGACCAUAGGUGAGGAUAGGAACGAAGAUCGACCGGUAGAUCGAGAGCUUUGCCUUGCGGCUCAGCUCUCUUUUCGUAACAACGGUGCGGUAAAGCGAACGCAAUACCGCCCCCGCUGCUCCGAUUCUCCGGCCAAUCUCACGCUCCAUAGUACCCUCACUCGCGAACAAGACCCCGAGGUACUUGAACUCCUUCACUUGGGCUAAGGACUCAUUUCC